AUGUCUCGCCUCCUUCGCCUCCGUCCCCUCCGAACAAUCACCCUCACACCACCAACAACCCGCCUCUCCUCUUCCUUCUCCCGUGGCCCGGCUCCCCCUCGCCUGCCCGCCGACCAACAAGCCGAAUUCGAACGCCUGCAGCGCGCCGCCUCGGUAUCCAGCGCCUUCCAGGAAUACGCAGAGCCGUCCACGUCCACCACCACCCCCGCCACCGCCACGCCGCGACACACGACCUCUCCCACAGAAGACGCCACAGCAGCUGCCACCGCCACGACGGAAGCGCAGAAGCCCGCGAACCCUACAAUCACCUCGUCGGAGGAGGAUACGAUGCACCCGGCGUACGUGCGCGGCGCGCCGCCCGAGUUCGAGGGUGACGUGAACCCGCGCACCGGCGAGGUCGGCGGUCCCAAGAGGGAGCCUUUGCGCUGGGGAUCCGGUGGCGAUUGGAGCUACAACGGUCGUGUGACGGAUUUCUAA